CUGUACUUAUAUAUAUUUUGCAGGUUGUUGGUGAAGGUUGUGUUUACCGCAAUCUCAAUGCUUUAUCUUGUAUGUGUGAUGUUAAUGUAUUCCUCACCAGCACUUAGAGAGCAUAUUAUAUACCUAAAUUCAUGUAAGUCACUCAGUGUAUAACAUUAUUUAUAUAUGUUAUAAUAUUUUAGUUAGAGUACACCCAGCCAUUGUUAAUAUCAUUGGGUAUCCCAUAUUUUAUUUUAGGAUUAUCAUUAGGAACCCUGCGAUUAUUAUUAGGGUUAAUGACUUGGGUUUUUGGGAAUUCUUUGGUUUGUAUUUUAAAAGGCUAAAGUCAUGAUUGUAUUAUUAUGGGAAUAUGCUGACUCCUUGGACGGCAAAGUUGAUCUUUCCAGUUCUCUCUUUUUGUGUUUUGACUUUCUUGUGCAAUUGUAGGUAGAACUGAAGGUGUUACAGUAACUCAGAGUUACAGAUCCUUUGGUGAGAAUUACAGUCAAGGCAGGUCGAGCAUACCCCCCAAGAUUCUAUUAAUGAAUUGAUUAUUUGAAAAAUGAUACGUCGGUCGUCCCCGUAACUAGUGUCAAAUUCAAAUCGAUCGGCAUUCCUGCAUGUGUCAUGAGCAGUGAACAUUUUACAAGAACUUGUCUGUAUUUGGUCACAUUGAAAAUCUUAGAAUGGACAACAUUGCUUUGAAGACAUUUACAUCAAAUUCAGGGCAAAUAAGUUGGUGGAAAUUUUAUAACUGCCUCGUGUGCAUGAAUUCACAGCUCAUUACACAUGUGAGAAUGCAGAGAUGAAUUUGAAAUUUACAACUACACGUCUACCAACCAAUUCAACUUUUGAAUAAUAAAUAUUGAUUCAUGGAAUCUUGGGGGGUACGCUUGACCUGGCUGGACUGUAACCACUCUGAGUCCAAGUGAACCUUAUACAGAGUUGCACUGGCAAUUUUGAUCAAUAAAUUAUUAAAAGGUAACAUCUCAGCAGUAUUUUUUUUAAUCCCUAUUCAGUGAGAAAUCCAUUUGAAAAUUUGUCAGAUCCUGUUUCGUUUGGUUUACCUGUGAAUACUGUCAAUUUUUAUAUUACUGGCUCUGCUGGUAAACUUGGAGCAUGGUAAGUUGUGUCUUUUGUUUCAUUGUUUGCCUGAAUUUGUGUGGGACUUUAAUUUGUAAUGCUCAAGGAUCAUGUUAUGUCAUCAAGCUUUGUCGACAUAAACAUGCAAAAUCAUUAAAAUUACUAUCACCAAGCCCCAUUGAAAUCACCUGUAGCAAUUUAUCAGAGGCUUAUUCUCCUGUAAUUUUCCUUCAGGGAUAUUCCUGCUGAACCUGUUUCUAAGAUACAAGAUUCUCAGCCUGAGAUGCAUUCCCACCUAAAGGAUGGGAAAACAAUAAUUCUUUAUCUUCAUGGUAAUGCAUACACAAGGUACGUAGGUUGUCAAUAUUUUUUUCAGUGAUCAAUAAAGUUGAAGCUAUUCACUUGAUUAUUUUAUAUUUUGUUGUUAAUUUAUAUAUUGUCAAUAGUUUGAUAAAUAAAAAUAAAGUGUUGAUCUUGCAUCACAUUUCAUUUGAACAGUCACUCAAUCCCCGUGGCAAAGUGUUGACAGGUGAUUUAAAAAUGCCCUGUCAGCAUUGCUGUUGUGUUUUUAACUUAUGUUUUGUCCCUUUUUUUGUAUGUUAAAAAAAUAUUUCCAUCCAACAUUGUAACGUAGAUCUACAGGUUCCGACUAAGAGACACAGAAUUAUCAAGUAGUGCAUUAUCAUUGUUCUCUGUUGGUUAGUUUGUUAUUUGUUUUUGACAAUUUUAUAUUCUGUUUUGAUUUCUCUAGAGCAACAGGUCACAGAAUAGGAAUUUAUAAGGUUUGUAUAUUCUACCAAUAAAAUUGCUUAAAAAUUUUAUCUGUAUUUAUUUAUUGUUAUGACAUGCAUGUAUAUUUACUGUAAAAUUAUGCUGAAAAACACAUUUUUAUGUUUCAGCGUUUGAUUGGUUUGGGUUAUCAUGUUAUAGCUAUUGAUUAUAGAGGUGAGGCUUCUUUUCCAGUAUUCCCCAAAACAGUAGUUUCUGGUAGCUACUUUUCAGUGAUUUUCAAUUUUUUAACCAGUUGGAGGUCUCUGCCAAUCCAUAACUGACCCUUCCCUGUAUGUUGAAAUUAUUACUCUACUAAUAUUAAUAAGAUUAAAUAUUUUUUCUUAGCCAUAAGGCAUUAUGUUUUAGGGCUAAGAUAAAGGUACGCUCUGUCUGAAGUUACUUAAAAAGACAAACCAACCAACCUUUUGUUCAUCAGAGUUUUUUUAAAAAAAGUUAGUAACUGUAUAGCCUGCGAGAGCAUCCGGUUUUUUCGGCUCAAGUUUCUUAUUUCACCUGCCGAGAAAAACGGGCGGGUGAAACUAGAAACUUGAGCCAAAAAACUCGAUGCGCUCGCAGGCCAGUAACUGUACCAGUAAUUUUAUAUUUCAACCUCAAAAUUAGAAACUUUUGUUUUGGCCAAAGUAAAAUCUAGGGAGAUGGCCUUCUUAUGAAAAUAAUAUUAGAAUCAAUUUGCUUACAUAUGGUAUUAAUUUAUCAUUGCUAGGAUUUGGUGACUCUCAAGGGAAACCCUCUGAAAAUGGUAAUGAAUUUUUAAUCUGUUUUUUAACACCUACAUUGCCAAUAUCUUUAAAUUAUCAAGAAACAUAAUUGACCUGUUCUACUUAUUAUAAAAAUAGUGUUUUCCUAAUUUGUGUUUUUUUUUUAAAUUCAUUUCAAACUACAGUGUUCUUAUGUUUUACAGCCAACAUUUAUUGUAAGUGGUUUAGUGAAAACUGAAUUUUUUUUGCAUUGAACCAGUAAUUCUAGGUCCCCAUUUAACGGUACCCUGCUGUGGAAUCUGAAAUUUUAUGUUUUUAUUUGAUACAUAUUUGGGUUGUGAAAAUCAUAAACUAUUGUAUAAAGGAAAAAAAUUUACCUGUAAUUUAAUAUAUAGAAGAAUCCAUUGUGAUCAUGACCCUGUUGUUCUUUAAUUACCUCAUACAGGACUCAUACAAGAUGGCAUCUCUGCUAUGGCAUGGAUCAGAUCACAGAGUCCUGAUGCGUCGCUGUACAUUUGGGGCCACUCCUUAGGCUCAGGGUGAAUAAAUACAGUUUGAAUAUAUUGUUUUUAGCCUACGUUGCAAACAGCCUAAAUCCUGGAUGGGAUAUUGAUAUUGGGUUCUUUAUCUUGGUCUCGAGUGACAAGUCCGGCUGCAAAAAGGCUAAUUUCAUUUAAAAGAAAAAAAUUACAAGGAGUUGAUAUAAAGUGCUAAUAACUGGCACCACUUUGGAAGACAAUUGCCCGGCCUGGAUUGCCUUUGAUACUAAUGCAACUGUGCCUGUUUUUGAAUUAUUUACUACUUUGCAUUUCAGGGUAGCUGGUGGAGUUGCAAAGAUACUGUGUGAUGAAGGUCUGUAUAAAAAUGCUAACAUAAAACCAUUCUCUGCCCUUACCAGAGUAUGAUUGCAAUCUUGUUUUCUUGUCAUAUCCUUAUGGUCCAUACAAGUUUAAUAACUGGCUCUUAUUACAAGCGACAUAUUCUAGUUCGAACACCAACAUAAACGUUUAGUGUUACAGGUUUUACUGAAUAACUGCUAAACGUUUUCUCUUUGUAAAGACUUAACAAAAAUUUUCCCUAAAACAACGAAUGUCUUUCCGUAAAACCCUGAUAAAUAAGUCCUACACUCUUUUUUUUAUAUAAGAAUGUUGUUUUCCCGGCCCUGGGGCCCGUUUCUCGAAAGUCCCGGUGACUUUUCGGGCCCGAAAUCAAAUAUUCAAAUCGAAAUAUAAAGAAUAAGAGGGCGGGUCCUGGCUAACAAACUACUCCAUUUUGUUUAAUUAACUAAUAGUUUUAUCAUGUUAGAUGCAAAACUAUUAAAACCUCGAUCUUUAAUGUAAACGGAGACAGCUUACCGGGCCCGUUAAUUAUCGGGACUUCGAGAAACGGGCCCCAGGCUGAAUAUUCUUAUUUUUCUGCCGAUUUUAGGCUUAAAAUAUUCUUCUAUUAUUCUUUAAUUAUAGCUUAUGACAUUUCCGUUUUAGAAUAUAUUGGGAUAGCAAGUAUAUUUAGUGCAGGUUUUUCGCCUUGUUGGCACGUUUUGCCGUUCAGAGGAUGGAAUAAGUUGAAAACAUAUAAUUGUAUGGUAUUUACAGUUUUUGAACACACAAAAUUACAUCCUUUUCAAAACCUCAGCCUGGGGUUUAUUCUUAAAAUAUUCUUAAAAUUUCGCAAAUUUCAGCCUCGAUAUUCUUAUAAAAUAUAUUCUUAUAGAAAAAAAGAGUGUACUGUGCAAAAUUUCUCCAAAGAGGUUUCUUCUGAAUAGUAACACCACAGUAUUUCUUUCUCGGAUUUAAAGAGUAUGUCCCCGUAUUGUAGAGUAGAGUGGAGUAGAGUAGAGUAAAAGGGUCGACUUAAAACUGGCAAAGCGCACUAUAAUAAAUACCCUCUGGAAAGGGGGGCCCUGAUCCCGCAAUCCCGCGCCUUUCUCACGGGAAUCCCGCAUUCCGAACUUCUGUCAUCGUUUUCUUUCCCAAUCCCGACCAAAUUUUGGCGAAUCCCGAUUUAAAUGUUCGCAGUCAAAUUCCGUAUCCCGUGAACGUUUCCCGAAUCCCGCCUUGUAUUUUGCUCAAAACCCAGAUCCCGGGAAUACCCUUCCAGAACCUGAAUAAAUGCUUCCGCUCCUGCUGUACCUUCAUAUGCUGCAGUUUCUGUAAUUCUUGCUAACAACUAACUUAAGCUGAUACACACUGUAUUACUUUCAUUUUUCGUGAUAGGAGCUCCUCCAUCUGGGAUCAUUCUUGAAGCCCCUUUUAAUAAUGUAUGGGAAGGAGCGGUCACACACCCCAUAACAAUAGUAAGUUGGGAAAUCUCUUUUGCUUUCUCUUCUUCGUUCGCCAAAGAUCCAUGUAUUUCGGUAUCUGACGGCAGACGCGAGCCGGAUCCGAAGAAGACUCAAGAAAAAGUCUAAAGAAUUUUGUAAACUGCUUUCUAUGGCGACAAUGUUAACCAAGCUCAACUAAUCCAAAGGAAACCCAAAGCCCUAUAUGACUUGACUAAUGGUGGAUUUCCACUGUAGCGUAUUUUUAACGCGCAUAGAUAAAAUAGAGGCAAUGUAUGAAACCCGCGCGCAAGCGUAAAAUUUGACCGAGGUUCAACUUUCACAUUUACGCGGCGACGUUCCACUCAUCGCCUCUACUUUGUUUACGCGCGUAAAAUUUACCUGUGUACGCACGUUAAAAUUACGCGACAGUGGAAAUGCACCUUAACACUUCUAGAUUUUUCAAUGCUCCUUGCUGGCCGCCUUGUGUGUCUGGUUUGAUUCGCUCUAGGCUUUGCCAAUCUCAGUUCAAAAUUUCUUGUUUAAGAGCUUUUGAUAAGCUUGUUUUCAUGCUGUUAUCGCUCAUAUCAGCUAACUCGAAAGCUAACACGACUUUCGAUAGCUCAUGUUUCCUUUGUACUUGCAGCCUUUUAGGUUUCUGCCGUACUUCAAUGAGACCGUUCUGGAUGAAGUUAAGGAAGUUUUCCGAACGGAUAAGAGGUGACUUAAUUUUACGACGAUAAUACAGGCGCGAGUAAUCAAGAGUUUUGGAUACUUCCUGAGCUGCUAAAAAUUUUAUUGAAGUUUUGGUAUCUCAAACUGGACAUUUCUGUCAAAUGGAGAGCGCUAAAAAUACCUCGGAGCCUUGGUCUUGAUCCAAAAUAAGGGGGAAGGGGAAUCCCUCCCCCCCCACCCCCCCUAGAAGCGUCACUCCUUAUUACAAGACUUUUGUAAGCAUUGACUAUAAAUUUGCGGAGAGUUCAGUCGGGAAUUACAUUCCAACGGGGAAACACACGGAGUCUCUUUCUUGAAAGAGACUCUUGAAAAGUCGAAGAAUUUUAAGUUUAAGUAACCUGCGAUCACGCGCCAGUUUGGUGUUGCAUACAAAUUACAUGUAUUCCUGCGGGAAAGGCCGCAUGUUACCCCAACUACGUACCCAAAACAGGGAGCUAUUAAAUUCGGUCAGAUCACAGGUAAUUCUGCAAAGCACCUGGGUUGCAACAGAACGCAGAUUUUUGUAGGGUAGACUUGGAAAUCACAAUAAUGGCCAAUAUCCAGCCGUGAGCAAUUGAGUUUAAUUAGCCACUACACUAAAUAUUGUUCAUGGUAAGCUAAAGAUAACUUAGAGUAACACAAAGCUCAAUAUUUCUCUUGUAAACCCUUUUAUUCCAAAAAAGAUCAAAUCAAUUUAAGAAAUUUUCAACUUUCAUUUAGCAAAAUCCCAGAAAACAAAUAGCAUCUUGUGUGAAUAUCGCUGAGAAGUUUCUUUUGAAUUUUAACAAUAUACUGAUACGAUAUUACCCACGGACUCUUAGGAUGAGAAAUAAAUAAAUAAUAAAGUAUCAGUUGUUACAUAGGACUGUUAUUUUUUUCGGGUUUUCCGAAAAUGGUGAAAAAAGGGACAGCAUUUUUCCGCCAAAAAUUUCUUCCCAUAAAAUUAGCAGGUGUACUUGUUGUUUGACUGUGGUUUGAUUUCCGUUACUAAUAUUCCAGUAAUUUGAUCUUCAGGUUGACAGAUGUGUACUGUCCAAUUCUAAUCUUGCACGACCGGGAAGAUGAAAUUAUAUCAUUUGAACUGGGAAAAAGGGUAAUUCGUAGAUAAGGAGCUUUCUAACCAGGGAUUUUAUUGUCGCUUCUUACAAUGGUAGCCAAAAGUACUUAGAACAGUUAUGCAGUGUCCGUAAUUAUCUCUAAUUAGAGUUUAACUUUGGAAAAUCAGUGCUAUCUUUUUUGAAACAUUAGUGAUGCCCGCAUACAAUACAUAGUAUUAAAACUUAUUAAAAAUGCUGGGUACAAGUAUGAGGAGGGACUGGGCAUAGCCAGCCGCCAUAUUGGUGUCCCAAAACAAUAAAACGGCGGCCAUGUUGGUGUCCCUAACCAGUCCACUGGGAGUUGAACUCUUUUCUUAUGCGAACGCUUUCUUUUGUUCCAAUAAACUUUGCAUAGAUGCUGGCCUCGUGAGUGAAAACACUCUAUUAGUAUUUUUUAUAUAAAGAAUACUAAUGAGGAUGAAAUUUUUAAACAAAGAAUAUAAAUGAAGUAAAAUAAAACCAGCCCCGCACUUCCCUGAGACUGAAAUGAAAUGCCGCCCCCAUGCUUUUUAGUUUGACAGUGUUUUACCGGGGUUUAAAACACGAGCACGUGACGGAUUUUAGCGGACUUGAUCGGUUGUUGAGCUCAUGAAUUAUUAAUGAGUUAAUAGUAAGGCGAAACAAGUUUUCCAAAACGUCAGGUUCUUUGUUGAUACUGCCAAGGAGUACCUUUGCUGUCUUUAGGUGAAGUCCCUGUGAACCAGUCAAGGAACUCUUACAACACAUUGAGAAACCACUCGCUAAAAGAAGUUUUUUUUUAAAUUUCAGUUGUACGAAACUGCCAAGAAAACAAGACCAGCCGAUGCUGGACCCAUUAAAUUUAUUGAAUUUAACGAAAAUCUUGGGCACAAGUGGAUUUAUCUAUCUGAGAGACUUCCAGAAAUUUUAAGGUAG